GCUCUGCGGAAAGCCGAGUCAGUCACCAGGCUGGCCCGCCUCACCUCAGCGCAGCGGCAGACCGUAGACGCAGUGUUCACGUUGGAUGUGCGUUGAAACUUGGAACUUAUUAAAAGUUAAAGUGGACCUUGUGCCGCCACAAGCAAACUGCCCAUUGUUACCGGUAACCUACGAGCUCGGAGCUGGCUGUUUUCAGACUUUGCACCACAAGAAAAAAGACCCACAGGUUGUAUCAAUCAAGUGGCCUGUGCUCUCGCCAUGGCCGAGGGGUGCGGCUGCGAGAAGGACUCGUGCCAGAUCAGCAUCCAGAAUCCGCUUGCGGCGGUUGGCACUCAGGAGCCCCUUUACGAGGCGACCGAGCUGCGAACGGGGGCGGCCAAUCCCCACUGGUCCCGCCGGCUUAUACAACCAUGCUUGCCCCAAAAGGUGGUCGCAGAAAUGGUGGGAACUUUUGCGAUCGUCUUCGCAGGCUGUGGGGCAGUGGUGGUUAACGCCCGCUCCGACGGCGCGCUCGGUCACGUGGGCAUCGCCGCUACUUUUGGGCUCGUAGUCAUGGUUAUGAUCUAUGCAGUGGGCCACAUUUCGGGCGCCCACUUCAACCCCGCAGUCACGCUGGCGUUCGCGUGCGGGCGGCACUUCAGCUGGAAAAUGGUCCCUUUCUACUGGGCCGCCCAAUUCCUGUCUGCCACCGCCGGCGCAGCCUUGAUUCGCGGGAUUUUGGGCUCGGAAAAAGCGCUCGGGGCAACACUACCGAGCGGGACCGAUUGGGAGUCGCUCCUGCUAGAGUUCGUCCUCACGUUCUUCCUCAUGUUCGUGAUUGCCGCCGUUGCAACAGACACGAGGGCAGUCGGAACAAUGGCCGGAAUUGCGAUUGGCGGGACGGUUGCUCUGGAUGCCUUGUUCGGAGGCCCUGUCAGCGGCGCCUCGAUGAACCCAGCCAGGUCGCUGGGCCCUGCGCUCAUAGCUCUUGAGUUCCGGGGACUGUGGGUCUACUUCGUGGGCCCAGCCGCUGGUGCGGUGUCCGCUAUCUUUGUCUACAAGUUCGUGCACGGGCCAACGCAAGAAGUGGCACGAGGAGCGCACGGAUGCUGUGAAUGAAGGCUCUCGCUUCAGCCUAUAACCAAUCUCCAUCUUCCUCAGCGAGGCAGUUCACAUAUUGUCAGAGAUUUGAGAUCCGCAUCUUGUGGGUUUUUCUUUGGAGGAAACAAGACAGGAGGGUCUUUCUGACGCAUAGCUGCGGCUAGGAAAGCAGGGUGAAAGGGCCGCUACAGACGAGCUGAUUGAACUGAGCUCUUCAAGCAGAGUCGGCGUGCCAACGAUGCUGUGGGCAGAUUGCACUUUCAGUCGAAAUGACUGAGAGCUUCCUGCCCUGAGUCAAAGGACAAAGUCCAAGAUAUCAAAGCGGAACGCGGCAAGGUUCCUCUUUGAUAUGCACUUUCUGUACCAUAUUUAGGGACGGUGUUGAUUAUCUUGGUGCCCAAUUGCAUGGUCCCACCGGAC